AUUGUUUAUAAAAAAUACAAUUUCAAUAGAAGAAAAAAGAAAAAUGAUAAUUUAAAAUGAAAAAUUUGCUAGAAGUACCGAAAAUUGAAUUUUUUAAUGAUUUCUCGGUUUUUGAUGGAAAAUUUGAUAUCGGAAAUAACUUCGACUCGAUUACCCAAAAAUUAAGAACUUUAUCAGCAUCGCUCCCGCAAGUGACAUUACCUGAGACUGUUUCGUUAUCAUUAGAGUCGAUAAAAAAAUUAGAAGUUUACGCGUAUUUUCUUAGAAGUCUUCAAAAUCUUAUUUUCUUGUUCAAUACUAUCAACUUCUUUAAUAUCAAUCUUAAUCUUAAUCUCAAUUUAACGACGCAAAUUAACGCAACGAUCAGCAACUUUUACUGUUUUCUAAACCAAAUCAUGGAAAUUAUAAACUUUAGCAAUAAGAAAACUUGGGAAGAGUUGAAAAUGGCAGUGAAUGAUAUUCGAAAAAAGUUUUCAUCACUUUCAUGCUCAAUUCCGUCGAAUAUUCACUUUCGUGAGCUUGCUGACGGAAGAUUAAGGAUUUACUUCCUGUGUGCUCAAUCAAAAUACGACACACUUCUCUAUAUUGAUGUCAAUCCAAAUGAGGAAAAAGAACAGUCAAUUUUUCAAUGGCAUCCAGUUCUUGAUGCAUCAAUUGGCUCAAACCUCACAUCGCUUAAUGCAUCUCGUGAACUUCAAUUAUUGUUGGAACGUAAAAGAUUGCCGGCAUGGGGUAUGAGCUCGUAUGAGUUUCAUAAGAAGAGUGGGAAAAUUAUUUUUCAAGCUUGCAACUCGCUUUACAUGUGCUUGGAUACCGGUUUCAAUACCACACCACUUUUUCCUACUGAACUUCGUACAUGUCAAAGUCAAGACUGGUCGCCAAUCGAUCCGAAAAUAUCGCCACAAAACUCUGAUCUCGUUGCUUAUGUAUGUGGGAAUGACAUUUAUGUUAAUCAUUCAAUAAGUGGACAUGGAGAGAGAUUAACACAUGCACACGGUUCAAAACGCAAUGAUCCGUUAAGUGCGGGCGUACCCUCGUAUGUGAUGCAAGAGGAAUUUAAUCGUUAUCAAGGCUUUUGGUGGCAGCCGAAAAGCACUGAUGGAAUUUAUCGAAUUUGCUACGAAGAGACUGACGAAAGUGACGUCAGCAUCUUUUCCUUUCCCUCAGCUCACUCAAUGGGAGGUGAAGAAUAUCGCUUCCCAAGAGCUGGCACACCAAAUGCUAAAAGCACACUAAAAAUGGUUGAAUUUAGGUUGUCAGAGUCACUUCGCAUCACGGAUGUGUGUAUAAAAGAAUUACAAACUCCACUCAAUUACUUAUUUCCUUACAUGGAAUAUAUCGUAAGAAUUGGUUGGACACCAGACUCAAAUUAUAUUUGGACGCAACUUUUAAAUCGUCAGCAACAAAAGCUUGAAUUGAUUCUCAUUCCGGUUGAAUGUUUCUGUUGUGAGCCCUACAAUAGCAAUCCAUCAUCACCCGAAUCUGUAUCAGAAAAACAUAUGUGGAAGUCAUCGGUUGUUGAUAAAACGUCGAAGCCCAUUCAAAUCAUUUACACAGAGACAUCGCAACAAUGGAUUAAUGUUCAUGAUUUGUUGUAUUUUCUCGAAAUAACUGAGUCGCAAGUAGAAUUUAUUUGGGCAUCAGAAGAGUCAGGUUACCGUCAUUUGUAUCAUGUGACAUCAUCGUUGGAAGUGAGACCGCCACAAAAUGGCUUUCGCACACAUUCAGCAUUCUGUGAUGAGAAUACAAUUGAUGACAAUUUGAGAGCAAGAAUUAUAAAGAAGACGCCGUUGACGAUGGGUGAGUGGGAAGUGUUGGGUAAAGAUUUGUGGGUUGAUCGACAAAGAAAUCUAGUUUACUUCAUGGGUUUGGCACAUUCGCCACUCGAGAAGCAUCUUUAUGUGUUCAAUCUCUCUUAUCCCGAUAAGAAGCGUCUGCUUACCACACCCGGCUCGACAAACUCUAUCGAAUUUAAUGACAAUUGUUCGAUCCUUGUACGAACACAUUCGAGUACAAAUCAGUUACCAUCGACUGAAAUAUUGCGAGUGAAGCAAAGAUGUGAAGUUGGAAGUGUUGAUGGCAUUGAUCUUUCACCACUUGGUUACAUGAUUGUUGGAAAUUUUGACAAUUCUGAGUUUACUCCGCUUAUUUGUGACAUAACAAUUUCAUCAGGCGAAACACUUUAUGCACUUGUUUUUAAACCUCAUAACUUCAAACCUGGAAUGGUCUAUCCGACAAUUCUUAAUGUUUAUGGCGGUCCCGAAGUACAAACAGUUUCCAAUAGCUUCAAAGGUAUGCGACAACUUCGAAUGCAUAUGUUGGCAUCACAAGGAUAUUGCGUUGUUUGUAUCGACUCAAGAGGUUCGAGACAUCGUGGUGUGCAGUUUGAAAGUCAUUUAAGACGUCGAUUGGGAACAGUUGAACUCGCCGAUCAGGUUGAAGUUUUCAGAAUUUUAUCGAAGCAACUCGGAUACAUUGAUAUGAAUCGUGUCGCUAUUCAUGGUUGGUCGUAUGGCGGUUACUUAAGUUUAAUGGGUUUGGUGCAAUAUCCGGACUUGUUUAAAGUUUCUAUCGCCGGAGCGCCAGUCACAAGUUGGGAGUUUUACGACACUGGAUAUACAGAAAGAUAUAUGGAUUUGCCAGAAAAUAACAGACAAGGAUACUUUGCUGGUUCUGUUCUCAGUUACAUAAAUAAAUUUCCUGAUGAAGCUAACAGAUUACUUUUAAUUCAUGGAUUAAUUGAUGAAAAUGUCCACUUUUAUCACACAUCACAACUUAUAAGUCAAUUGAUAAAAGCUAACAAGCCGUAUACUCUUCAGAUUUAUCCUGGUGAAAGACAUUCGUUAAGAAGCUUAGAGUCGUCAAAACAUUACGAGACUUUCUUGUUGCAAUUUUUGCAAGACAAUUUAUAAGAAGUUGCAAGAGAAGUUGUUUUGUUAAUAGUUUUUGUUUGAGUGCCACUUGACAUUGAAAUGCAUCAUCAUUAAUCACAUCGUUAAAUGUCAGAUGAACGGAAUCAAGUGAUGUUCAAAUUAAAAUAUCACAGAGAUUAUUAAAAGUUUUUAUUUGCCGCUCUUUCUUGCUUACUCAACUCAUUUUUGCUGCAGUUUAAUUAGAAUAAUAGUCAAGAUGAAGUUCCUGAAUCGAUAUAUCCUCAUUCAAUAACAGGGUUCGUUAUUUUCAUUAUUUUUUUGUUAUAAUGCUGUUGCUGUAGUGUAUUACAACAGUUUUAACACCACAAUGAACAUUAACGGCGAACCCUUUUUUUUUCAAACCUCUACAUUUAACUACUCUACCUCCCGUCUUGUUUUCUUAAUCACGACACAUGAUUCUCCAUUCAGACACUCACCAAAUCAAUGUUGCAUUUGGCAUGUUGACAAGAAUCAUGUAAAUGUGAAUAUAAAAACAAGACGGUAGUUGAGAAAGAUGAAGGCUUUCAUAAAUGAUUCCGUUCGUCGUCAGCCCAACGUCCCAAUGUCUUUCGACUGUUUUUUUUUCUUUGAGUUGUUGAGAAAAAAUUAAAUUAUUUAUAAGAAGAAUAUUUAGUAACAACUUUUUUUAUUAUUUCUAUUUUGUAUCAAUUUCUUUUUCAAUUGAUUAAUGUUCUUAAAUAAACUAAAUAAAUUGAUAAAAUUAAAACUUAUGAAAAGAAUAAAAACUGGAUGCAAAUCUGUGUUAGCUAAAUAACUUCAAUUUUGUUUAAUUGCCGCAAUUUUAAGUACUGAGAAUCAAUCAUCGUCUAUUUUAGAUGUCCCCAUUGACCAUAAAAGAGGAUUAUCUGUUGUAAUGUUGACAACAUUAGUUGUACAAUCAUAAGUAUUACUUGUGCUUACAAUCCCAC